AUGUCUUCGAAUAGAUUAUCAUCAUUUUCUGAGAAUGAUAUUAAGGCUCAGAAUGACAAACUUCCUCAUAACAAUAUGAUGCGAACCAAGAACUUCGACCUAUCUGGGCACUUUGUUAAACUCGUUCACGCGAAGGGUUUUGAGAAAGUUUCACUCACUCAGCUAUGUGAAGUUUCUCAAGCUAUCAGAGACCAUGUUGAAGAUCAAAAUUGUCCAGAUGUGAUCAAACUGUCGAAUUUUUCGGAGAGUAGCGUUGAGUACAUUUGCGGAUACAUUCGGGGAAAGGCUUUGAAGGAGAGCAUGACAUAUUCUAUGCUUGGUGAGCUCAUAAGGCUAUGCAAGUUACUUCGAUUACCAGAGUUGCUCAAAAAGCUGGAGGAGCAAUUAUACGAAUCAUGUAAAUCUCCUGAAAAUAUCAUAGAAACAUUGAUCGUGCUCAGUUUGGAAAGCGUUUCUGAGCAGAUGGAGACAUCAAUUUAUAAGGUCGCUUCGGAAAAAUUUAUGGACAUUGUUAUGCAUCCGGCGUUCGUUUCUAUCCCACCGAGUCAAUUGAUAAUUCUUUUUAGCAGUUGCUACAUCAAAGUGGAGAGGGAGCUUGUUAUUGUUGAUUCUAUCUUGUGUUGGCUUAAAGAACAAGAGACACCAGAAUAUUUUGCAACCCUACUGCUUUCCACGGUUAGGACAAACAAACUUACUAAUACGGACAUAGAAGUAAUCCUUGAAAGAAUUAAACUACUUGCGUUACCAGAAAUAAUAUUGUCACAAGCGGAAAGAAUAUUCUCCAGCGACCAUGGAAAAAGAAUGUGCCUUCUCGAACAGCACGUCACCGGGAAGUUGGUUCGUUGUGGAACUGAUAAUCAUAAUACCAUGAACGGGAUUAACACUAUGCCAUUGAGUGUACGAAAUGGAGAGAGGAAAAUAGGCAAAAACGAAGAGUGGUUCAAUAAAAACGUUACAAGCAAGAGUAAAUUAGCCAAGGAGGUACUAAGUGAGUAA